CUUUGCUGUCAUUAAAAAUUAUCGAAUUUUUAAUUAAAAUAAAAUUAAAAUUAUAACAUUUUAAUAAAAUAAAAUAAAAAAUAAAAAACUCAGUAAAAAAAAAUUAAAAGUUAAAAAAAAUGCAUUUUGCCAUUUAUAUUUGAAGAUGAAGCAAUUAUCUUCUGUUCUUUCCCUCCAGACCAGACAUAGCCAAAAUGGAAAGCACACAGUCCCGACCUCCUAUUUCUAUCUCUCUUCAUCUUCAUUCUUUCCCUCCGAAUCCCCUAAAUAACUCCGAACAGUUCUUCAAAUUCAAAGCCUAUAGUAAUCGAACUCAAAAAUCCACCAAACACCUUAACAGGUAUCUCAGAUAUCACAACAUCAAGAAACGCAAAUCAAGAUUCCGAGAAAAAGAUGCAUUCCCAUCAUCAUUACCGCUCCAUACGAAAAACCCAUCAGCGGUUUACAAAGAUAUUCAAAGAUUCACCAGACAGAACAAGCUCAAAGAAGCUCUCAUUAUCAUGGACUACUUGGAACAGCAGGGCAUCCCAGUUAAUGCCACUACCUUCUCUGCUCUUAUUGCGGCUUGUAUCCGGUCGAAAUCUUUAGAUCAUGCUAAACAAAUACAUGCCCAUAUCCGCAUUAAUGGUCUUGAAAACAAUGAGUUCUUGAGAACUAAAUUGGUUUCUCUGUAUACUUCUUGUGGUUCAUUUGAAGAUGCCAAAAUGGUAUUCGGGGAGUGUACUUCUAGCACUAGUGUGUACCCGUGGAAUGCAUUGCUUAGGGGUACUGUGAUUUCCGGUGGUAAAAGAUACAACGAUGUGGUUUCUGCUUAUGGACAAAUGAGAGAGUUAGGUGUUGAAUUGAAUGUAUAUAGUUUCUCUAAUGUUAUUAAGAGCUUUUCUGGUGCAUCAGCUUUUAAACAAGGUUUAAAGACACAUGCCCUUUUGAUAAAGAAUGGGUUUGUUGAUAGUUCAAUUCUGAGAACUUGUUUGAUUGACUUUUAUUUCAAGUGUGGCAAGAUUAAGCUUGCACAUAGAGUGUUUGAAGAAAUGCCUGACAGAGGUAUUGAUAUUGUUGUAUGGGGUGCAAUGAUUGCAGGCUUUGCGCAUAAUAGGUAUCAGAGGGAAGCAUUGGACUAUUUGAGAUGGAUGGUGAGUGAAGGGUUAUAUCCGAACUCUGUUAUAGUAACCACGAUACUUCCUGUGAUAGGAGAAGCGUGGGCAAGGAAGUUAGGGCAAGAGGUUCAUGGGUAUGUGGUAAAGACCAAAAGAUAUUCGAAUCAGUUGACAAUUCAGACUGGAUUAAUUGAUAUGUACUGCAAAUGUGGGGACAUGGUUUCAGGUAGGCGAGUGUUUUAUGGUUCAAUGGAGAGGAAUGCUAUUUCUUGGACUGCUUUGAUGUCUGGAUAUGUAUCAAAUGGGAGGCCCGAGCAGGCUUUGAGAUCAGUAGCUUGGAUGCAGCAAGAAGGGUUUAGGCCUGAUGUUGUCACUGUUGCUACUGUCAUUCCAGUUUGUGCAGAGUUGAAGGAUUUGAAGCAUGGGAAGGAAAUUCAUGCUUAUGCUGUCAAGAAUUUGUUCUUUCCUAAUGUAUCUUUGACUACUUCCCUGGUAAAGAUGUACUCGAAGUGUGGGGUUUUACACUAUUCUGUUAAAUUGUUUGCUAGCAUGGAGAAUAGGAAUGUGAUCUCUUGGACAGCCAUGAUUGAUUCACAUGCAGAAAAUGGAUAUACAAAUGAAGCAUUAUGUGUGUUUAGGUCGAUGCAGUUGUCAAAGCACAGGCCAGACUCUGUUGUCAUGGCAAGAAUGUUGAGCGUUUGCGGCAAAAUGAAAGCUUUGAAGCUUGGGAAGGAGAUCCAUGGGCAUGCCUUGAAGAAGCAUUGUGAGUCAAUCCCUUUUGUUUCAGCCGAAAUUGUUAGGAUGUACGGAAGCUGUGGAUUGAAUCAUAUUGCAAAGUCGUUCUUCCACGCGAUUCCUGUCAAGGGUUCGAUGGCAUGGACUGCCAUCAUAGAGGCUCAUGGACAUAAUAAUCUCCAGAGAGAUGCUAUCCAUCUCUUUCACGAGAUGAUAUCUGGUGGUUUUACGCCCACCCAUUUCACUUUCACAGUUGUUCUAAAUAUUUGUGAUCAAGCUGGAUUUGCAGAUGAUGCAUGCCGGAUCUUUGAAUUAAUGUCUAGAAGAUAUAAAAUUAAAGCAUCUGAAGAACAUUACUCUGUCCUCAUCGGACUGCUUACUCGUGCCGGUCGCAUUCAGGAAGCCAAAAAAUUUACACAGAUGAGUUCUUCCUCUUCAUGAAAAGAAGGAAUCUUUUUUUUUUUUUAGAAGAUACUUUCUUGUAUUCAUCAAGUUCCUAUCACCUCAUUGAGGUAGUUGAGUACUUAUUGGCAAAUUGUAUAGAUUUGUUGUAACAUCAUGUAUCAUAUGAAGGUCGGAGAAAUAAAUUCUUUAGUUGCCUUCAGCAUUGUGAUUUUAA